UAUGGUUCCUUCGUUGGGUGUUGGAAUUCUUUGGUUUGUAAGCAAAGCGGUCGCAGCUAGGAGCCCACGGGGUGGGGCUGUGCUGUGGGAACUUCUUCAGCCAAUAACCUUUAAGAUACUGGCCCACUUUGGGCGUGGUCACAUGUACUAUAUACACAAUAUGUAAAAGCGUGUGCGGGCCCUUGGCUGCUGGAGUUGGUUCCAGUGUUUCCCCACGCUGAGGACUGCUGAUCUGUGUCUUCUCAGGAGGAGCCACAGAGGGAGAAUGGUCAAGAGGUUGCUGCCAGCCCCGGUUCAGGAGCCUGUGACGUUCAGGGAUGUGGCCGUGUUCUUCAGCCAGGAUGAGUGGUUGCGUCUGGACUCUGCACAGAGAAGCCUGUACCGGGAGGUGAUGCUGGAGAACUAUGGCAACCUGGCCUCCCUGGGGAUGCUGUUUUCCAAGCCAAAGAUCAUCUCCCAGUUAGAGCAAGCAGAAGACUUCCAGGUGGUGGAAAGUGGAAUGCUUCAAGGUGUCUACCUAGGAUGGAAGAGCUUGUUUGAAUCCAUAGUUUCCAAAGAAGAAAAGAGAGAAAUCUUGAAAAUUCACAGAGUUGAUGAUUAUUUUGACCUCGUAUUGGGGAAAACAUAUGUAAAUAAGGAGCAGUUGGAGGAGCACCAAGACAACAAGGCCAAACUUUUCAGCAAAAUGCUACUUUCCAUUAGAAAAGACUGUGUACAAGAGAGGGCCUUUACAGGUGUGGAACGCCUGAGAAAUCCUGAGAUCAAGUCUCCAUUUACUAGCAAACCUGGAGUUGUCUCCAGAGGAAGGAAGACCCACUCACAGCAGCACUCAGUUCUGUUCAAACAGCCGGGAGUCAGCACAACACGCAGGUGCUAUAAGUGUAACGUCUGUGGCAAAGACUUUCUCCACAGUUCUUCCCGGAGCAAACACCAGCGGAUCCAUACUGGAGAGAAGCUCUACAAAUAUAAGGAAUGCCAGAAGGCUUUCAGCCAAAGCUCGUCCCUGACACUGCACCUGAGGGUCCAUACUGGAGAAAGACCGUACGUGUGUAGUGAGUGUGGAAAGGCUUUCAGAUUCACCACCUCGCUCAUUGGGCAUCAGAGGAUGCAUACUGGAGAGAGACCCUAUGAAUGUAAGGAAUGUGGCAAAGCCUUCAAAGUCAGCUCAUCCCUUAAUAAUCACCAACGAAUCCAUACUGGAGAAAAGCCUUAUCAGUGUAACGAGUGCGGGAGAGCCUUUAGUCAGUGCUCGUCUCUUAUUCAGCAUCAUAGAAUUCACACGGGGGAGAAACCAUAUGAAUGUAACCAGUGUGGGAAAGCCUUUACAUCAGUAUCACGGCUCAGCAGACACCGCCGUAUUCAUACUGGAGAGAAGCCCUUUCGCUGUAAUAUGUGUGGCAAAGUGUUCAGUUACCACUCAGCCCUGAUUAUACAUCAGAGAAUUCACACUGGAGAGAAGCCAUAUGCAUGCAAGGAAUGUGGGAAGACCUUCAGCCAAAGCUCAGCACUUAUCCAACAUCAAAGAAUCCACACUGGAGAAAAGCCAUACAAGUGCGAUAAAUGUGGGAGGGCCUUUUCCUGGGUCUCACGACUCAACGUCCAUUACAGAAUCCACACGGGUGAGAAGCCUUUUCAGUGUAAGGAAUGUGGGAAAGCUUUCAGCUGCCACUCUGCGGUCAAUACUCACCGCAAAGUCCAUACUGGUGAGAAACCCUACAAGUGCACCGACUGUGGGAAGGCCUUCAACCAAAGCUCGGCCCUUAUUCAGCACCAGAGAAUUCAUACCGGAGAGAAACCAUUUAGCUGUAAAGUGUGCGGGAAAGCCUUCAGACAGAGUUCCUCACUUAUGACACAUAUGAGAACACAUACCGGAGAAAAGCCUUAUAAAUGCAGAACAUGUGGGAAAGCCUUCAGCCAGAGCUCAUCUCUUGCCAACCAUCAGAAGACUCAUUCCUGAGAAGAACCAUUUAAGUAAGAUGCACCUGGUAAAUCUGCCAAAGGACACCUGUUCCAUGCUGACUGCAGCAGGAGUCGUCCUGGAGAGAGAGGGAUAAUAGUUGGGGGUGAGCAUCAAGUUAGACUUCAGCAAACACCAGGUGUUUGUGAUGCAGGAUAAACUUGUGCAUGAAAAACUUGAAUGUUUUCCACAUGUUCUUAAGUUUUACUGACUAGAGUUGGCUCUAAGAUUGAAGGAUUAAUAUUUUCUUUCUAAUGAUUCAGAUUCAACAGCCACCAGCUUUUGUAACAUCACGGGGGACCUGCCGAUGUAGGUCAAAGUGGAGCCAUGAAUCACCAGACUUCAGAUGAGCCUAGGAUCUGUGUUGGACAAAGCCUUUCAGUGUUAAUGCAAAAUAGCUGGAUUAGGAAGAAUGAGAAAAGAAAUCUGCAUAGGUAACUUGUAGCUACCUCAUGGUCACUAAAGUUUGGUUUUGAAUAUUCUGAAAUAAGUUCUUGUUUAUCGCUCAAGCUUAUGGUUCAUUUUCCCUUCUCUGAGUCACUGACCUGAGAAGGAAAUCACUGCGAGCUACGCAGGUAUAUACUGCCCUUUGCACUGUCUUCCCACAAUUUACCUCCUCUGGUUCAGACCUAAGGGCACUUUAACUACAGAAUGCAUGGUGUCUCCACUUGUUUUUCUCAGAAAGUAACUACCUUUGCUGUAUUAAAUUGAGAAGUAAAGG